AACAUUACAGAUCACAUAGUAAAUGCAGUUGCAUCUGCAUUUAAAGUGUAUACUGAAAUGUUUGUACCUCUCAUAUAAUCUUCCAGAGAGAGAAUUUACAGUCAGAUCUGUAUGUCUUUUAAAAACUGUUGAAGCAUUAUCAGUGCACAUGCAUGAUAGUUUGCAUAAAAGACCCAUAGGAGGUUAUAGACUGAGAACCACUGAUUAAAUUGAUAGUAUCCAAAUGAAUAUUAUUUAAACACAUUAUAAUGUUUUAAACUACCAAAGAUAUGGAUGAUGAGCCUCAGUCCCUCGAAUAUGAAGAAGAUUGCUACUAUGCAUACAUAUCAGGAUCGGGAACACCAAGUUUUGAUCAUAAUUGGCCAGAUGAUGUAGAUUCAAGUACUUUCUGUAUUGUUGAUGAACAUGAUGAAUCAUCCCUGGAAACAGAGUCAUGUAGUGUGGAAACGGAGUUUCAGAAAAAGCCACAUAAUGUAAAAGUAACAUUUCAAGAUAUUUCAAAGCCCUAUCUUGCUCGUGUCAGCAGCCCCAAAAACUACAGGCGUUUUCUGCAACUUGUGAAAGCUGAGGAGGCCCCUACGGACGUCUCACCCGAUUCUGGUAUCAAUGAACUUCAGGGUUUGAGUCCUGAGGAACAAGAGAGACAGAAACAGGAAUGGCAGCAGGAGCUUGUAAAGGUUGAAGAGGAAAUUCAGACUCUCCGCCAUGUCUUGGCAUCAAAAAUAAAACAUUCUCAAGAACUUAAACGUAAACUUGGGAUAAGUGUGUGGAAGGAAUUUCAAGAUGAUAUGUCACAGAGCAUUCGAAAUGUGAAGGAAUCAAAUAUUUAUCAGAAUGUUGAAGACAAACUAGGGAAGUUCAGCAGGGCUGUUACAGAAGCACCAUUGUAUCAGAAGACUGAAUCUGUGAUUAAAACUACAGCUGAAAAAACUACUACUCUUCUAGGUGGUUUAGGCUCCAGUGUAACAACAAAAAUUGGGCAGCUGAAAAAUUCAGAUUCUUUUCGCUCUUUAGAAGAGAAGGUUGGGUCAGCAUAUGAGAAUGUGAAGACAAAAGUGGUGACUUCACGCUCCAACUCAACUCAGAGUUUUGAUGAGGCUCUGAGAGAGGCAGAGGCAAACCGAAGACCCAGUAACGGUGCUUCAACACCUGCUACAACACCAACCAUACCAGAAGAGAAGCCACUCUCCUAGAGGAAUAACUUGUUUGGCUGCAAAAACUGGGUUUAGUUAGGCGUCUUACCUCUUGAUGUGGAAUGGUUAAUUCAGUUCAGCUUAAAAUGCAAUGGGUAUAUUGUGGAUUGGUACAGCUUUACUGCAGACUGAAGUUAUGGUUACUUAUUAAUUAUUACAUUAAAUGUAGCUAUACAUAUUUUUAUAAUACAAUAUUUAAUGGUAUCUUUUGCCUAUAACAUUUCAUAAUAAACUGUUUGACUAAACUGUCCACUCCAGGUGUUACGAGAACUUCAGAGGCAUGCUUAUUGAAAUAAGAUGUCGUUUACAAGUUGUAUUCAGCAAUCACUUUAAAGUUUUUUCAUGAAAAGAAAGGAUCAACUCUCCAACUUGGGAAAAUAACCAUAUUGCUAACUCUAUUGUGUAGAACGUUUAGGAGGCAUGCUAAUUAAUAAUUGGAAGUGACUUUCAUGUGUUGUCACAGCACUAGAGUUCAGCAUUAUUUAACUUGAAUGCUUUUUGUGAGAAAACGAUGGCUUGGCUGUGUUGUAAUGACAGCUUAUGUUUCUGUUACACUGCUUUGCAUGUAAACUACUGAAUAUGUAAUUAAUGGAAGCUUUCAUAUUCAAGGCUGUGCCUGUAACUGAAAAUUUAAAAUUUUGAACAGUCAGUUCUCUGCGUAACAGUGUCAUUCAGAUAAUUCUUUUUCUGCAAGAUUUACUACAUAAUACAACACACUUAAAAUGAGAAACAUCUGUUGUUCAUCAUUAAUAGCUGAAAUGUGUGCAGUAAGGAAGACUACUAGACAGAUUGAUAUUUCAGGUAUUAUCUUCACAUAUAUAGUAGUGCAACAACAAAUUUUUUUCCACUCAUUUGUGCUACUUCCUGCCUUCUGGUGUUGGUCAUCUCUCACCCACAUUUAUGAUGCUGUCACUUUCUCUCUGAUAACCAUCUCUUUAAGUUGUUAAAACUUAAAUUGUUUUCCAUACUGAUUCAUCUGUAGCCAUCUGAGAAAUAAUUCACUAUAAUGUUGAUUGUAUUUUAAGUGAUAUAGGGGCUUGUUCCAUGGCAGCAACUAUUGUGAUCUGUUCUGGACAAAGGAACCAUAUUGUUUUUGCAUUAAAUUGCAAUUACUCAUCUCCAUCCACCUUGGCCUUGCUGUAAUAUUUUCAAAAAAUCUCAUACUAAAUUACUGUCAAAUUUUUGAAAAGAAAUGUUUUCUAUUUGAUAGUAUUGAUGUAUAUUUUAAGAAAAUAAUCAGUGUAACUAGAUAUUAAAAAGUUUAUUGCACAUUUUGAUUGUUAAAAUAUUCUAAUGUUUUGUCUGUCACAUUGAUUAUAAUAAAUAACUUUUUGUUACAUGAAAAGUAAUAUUUUCCUUAUUAACUUUUUUCUUUUUUAUAUAAUGUGUAACUUCAAUGUAAUCAUGCCAUCUCAAGUCUUGAUAUCAAAUUCUAUUUACAGAAAAACUUAUUUCGUGUAUGAAAAUUAUGUAACAUGCUAGUCACACACAUGUAAUGAAAAAUCUUGACUGUUUAUUUAUUAUUAUGAGAAUUUUUAGAGAUCACAUAAUUAUAAAUAUAAUUAAAUCAUUCACUCAUUGUUAUUUUUGCUCAUUUUUCUUGCCUGUCACAAACUGUUUACUUCACUGUUUACUAUAUCUCCAGGGAUAAUUUUCAUUUAAAUAAAUUACUGUAGUGCACACAUCCAUGACACAUUUCUUUCAAUAUUAGAUUUUUUAAACAUUAAUAUGAAAAUAAGGAUAUAGCAAAUGUAGAAUAAAAGUAACUCAUUUCUGUAAAUAUGAAUGAAAGAAACAGUGUGGUGUUACUGGAGGAGCCUUUGUGGUAUUUGGUACCUUUGUGAGCUUGGCAGUGGGUAUCCUGUACUGCUACUAGUAAUUACCUUCCCUGUUACACUAGCAAGUAGAGCGAGGAAAAAAAUAACUGUUUGCAUGCUUCUUAAUUUCUUGUAUUUUAUUUUCAUGGACCUUAAGCAAAGUGUAAAUUGACGGCUGUAGAAUCAUUCUGCAGUCAACUCCAGAUGCUGAUUCUCUACUUGCUAAUAGUGUUCCUCAAAAAGAGCACUGACUUCCCAGGGAACUAGACAUUAACUUGAUUGAGAUCAAACUUUUUUCCCCGUAUUUGUCAUGUUAUUGGUAGAGGACAUAUGCAGACACACAACUUUAGUGUUUAAAGUUUUUCAGUCAAAUGAUGAUGUAAAUUCUUUAAUUGCUUUAGUUGGUUAAAAAAAGUGCAGUAUAAAAGUA